AUGUGUAUCGCCCUCAUCUCCACCGCUCACCCGGAUUAUUCAUUGAUCAUUAUCGACAACCGUGAUGAAUUCCUCCGUCGACCAACAUCAGCCCCAGACUGGUGGCCAGAGCCUCAUAGCCACGUCCUCGGAUCACGCGACCUUGCCCGCGCAACACAUGGCACCUGGAUGGGUGUCACUAAACAGGGCAAGGUAGCCGUGCUGACGAAUUAUCAAGAAGAGAAGUCUUCUCAAGCCAUUGGUGCGUUUAGCCGAGGCUUAAUAGUCAAUAAGUGGCUGGCCACCCCGCCAAAUCAUGACGAAAGUACACAUGACUUCGUGCAGUCUAUGAUCAACAGCCCGGAAGCAAGACAGGUCGGGGGGCUUCAGUUUACCAUCGUUUCCAAUCGAUCUUUAAACAUGGACCAAAUCACUUGGGUCGCGGGGGAGACCGGCCAGACUUGGGGGCUCAGCAAUACUUUUGUGGAUGAUCGGACAUGGCCAAAAAUCUUAGACGGUGAAUCGCUCAUGGAAUCUGCCAUUCAAGACCACGUAAAAGCUCAGGAGGAUGAAGAAUCAUUGAUUGAGCGCCUUCUCGGAGUGCUAAAUACCAACCGUCUCCCCCCGCUGUCAGAGGAAGAAGAAAGUAGCAUCGAGGCCACUAACAUUGGCUGCUACAUUUCACAUAUGCGAAAGAGCAUCUUGAUUCCUCGUCUCCCGCGAGACGGCUCGAAUACACCACAGGAGAAUGAAACAGAAGAAUCAGCAGCGAAUGGCACCCCGAAGCUAGAUUAUCUGAGUGGCCCGUAUGGAACUGAAAAACAAACCAUUCUCCUCGCUCAACGUGACGGCCGUGUUCGAUACUUUGAACGAACCCUUUAUGAUAAUAACCUGCAAGCGAUACCCGCUGGCAAAGGUGAUCGCUCAUUCGAGUUCCAUAUUGAGUCAUCUAAAGAGUGA